AUGGAAACCACCUGCGUGCUGACUGCGCCCAGCCCCAAGAAACACUGUGAAAGCUCAGCCGUGAAUUCCGCGCCGAGACAGUUGCUCCUUGCGGGUGUGCCGUCGUCGGCGUGGGCGUCAGCGUUUGACGCGCGCUGCGUUUUCGCCGACAAAAAGCGCUCCAUGCGGGCCUCGCUUCAGUCCGACGAAAGGAGCUUGGAAACCCAGCCCACACCUGCAACGCAGAAACAGAUACCACAGAUGGAGCUGAUGCGACAAGGUGACCUGGAGUACUUCAAAAAGUAUUACAGGAUGACACCUCAGCAGUUCGACUUCCUUGUUGGCCUAUUCAGAGCUGACCUGCAAAGGGAGCAUUUGUGCAGGGAGCCGCUUUGUCCUGUCCAACGAUUGGCCAUGACACUGAGGUACCUGUCGUCUGGUGACCUCGUUCAGGAUAUUGCCCUUGCUUUCCGAGUGGGCAUCUUCACAGCAAGGGAGUCCAUCCGUGAAACGUGCAGGGCUUUGUGGACGAGAUUGCAGCCAUUAUACAUGAAGAAACCUGGCACUGCAGACUGGGAGAAAAUAACUGAGAGCUUUCAGCGAAACUGGCAGUUCCCCAAUUGUUUGGGAGCUGUCGACGGAAAGCACGUCCGAAUCCGUGCUCCACCAAAUUCUGGGAGCAUGUAUCAUAACUACAAGGACACUUUCUCAAUCGUUCUACUGGCUGUAGCCGACGGAGACUAUAACUUUGUAGUGGUUGAUGUCGGUGCCUAUGGGAAGCAGAGUGACGGCGGCAUCCUGAGGGCAGUCUCGGUUUGGACAGAUGCUGGACGCUGGAACACUGCGGUUACCAGGACCUCAACAGCUACCUGGCACUAG